AUGAGCCCGAGAGAAUGCAUGCGGCUCCGGAAACUCCAAGCAGCAGAUGAGAAAGCAAGAAAGCUGAAGCAAAUUGUGGAGGAAAAAUAUCAAGAAAACCACAUGCAAGUCAGAGAGUUAGCAAAUAUGAGAUACAGCAGUGUUUUUAUGUCUUUUCCGAAGGUGAGAGCUGAAGAAGCAGUUAAGCAGCCUCAAACGAUUCAGAGUGAGACACCAAACAGAAACUCUGAACUGUCAGGAAGCAUUUCUCAAAACUCUGAUAAGAUGUGCAAGUCUGUGUCAAAAGACCAUGCAAUCCCCAAGGAUCCUCAGGCAGCAGAGGCAUUUUACUCCAUGGAUGAAUUUGAGUCAUGCUCGGAGGAAGAUUCAGAUGGAGUGGAAGACUCGGAGGAUAAUCUCCCCACAGACCCUUCCUGUCAGUCAUGUGGACAGGACAGUGACCUGGAAGCCACGAUCAGUCACAUGGAGGAUGUUCUGAAUGGUGACUCGGUUGGUGAGUAUUUAUUAUGAUCUUAUUUUCCUUGCCAUUCCACACAGGAAAAUGCAUAAAACAAAGAUUAAUCCAUCAAAUCUAUGUUUCGUUUUGUUUUUUGGCUGGUGUGUUUUUCUUUUUUUGGGAUCACUGUGUA